UGCCGAAAUAUUAAGCGGCUUCCUUUUUCAGGGAGUACCAGCGAGACUGUUCAUGGUCACCAAGGCACAAUGGCCUUUGGGACAGGAGGUCGGAGACAUUGGUCGCAUAGCACACUUGGACAACUUGACGCCUACUAUACUUAUCCGACCAAACGACACAUCACACCAAGGCUCCCAUAUGCACCCCGCAGAGAAGAAGGCUUUCCUUCCCGAGGAGCACUCUUCAAAGACAAUUCAGAUUCGCUCCUUUCUUUGGCCCCAAGUGUCUUUGGAAUUGGUCUAACCAUUGGUGUGACAUUCACACACUCCCUCAGAGACUAAUAAGCCGAAGCUGCCAAGUCUUCGGGUACAUCCGUACGCGAGAUCGGUGUUCAGAUUAUUGAGACGUGCAGCGAAAAGGAACUUCGAGAAGAGAUGGCACGACCAUCCAAAUAACGAUAACGAUGCCAAUGGUAUCCGCCUCCCAAUCCAGACGCACGCUCGACCAACGCAACAACCAGCCAAUGAGGUGUCAGGAGAUACCACAUCUCAUCAAGAAGAUAAUCAAGAGGGCUGGGAAGCCGUCGACACCGAGUUGAGAAAAGAACUCGGUGAUUCAAGGAUAAUAUCUCAAGAAAGCUAACAAACUAUGUGCUUGGCCAUCCGAGAACCAUUCGCACCAAGGCCUCGUUUCCAUCAAUGGAGAAGAAU